AUGCUCCGUGGGCCAUCCGGGCGCGCCCAGGGCCACCCCGACGCGCGAUCGCGGCGCAAGGAGUUGGGAGGCCGGUCUUUCUUUAGUCUCCUCGUGGUCGCUUUGAAUUCCAUUUCUGAGGUGAGACAUCGAGUUCAGUUCGGUUGGUUGGAUGGAUGGGACUGGCCUCGGCGCCCCCCACCCUUGAUUGCCGCCUGUCUGACGACCGGACUGGCGAGCAGCGCGGCGCAGCGCAGCGCAGCGCCUGCAAGCUUUCAGAUUUCCAAACCAUGCGUCGGAGAUCUAUCGCGUAUCUCCUUUGUAUAG